GGAGCACAAAGACUCCUGUUGCUGUUACAGCUGGAACAAUGAUCAGGCAGGAGCCUGGGGGCCACAGCUUAACCCUUUUUGGGCUGCCAAUUAGCCUUGCUUUUCGUAUCAUUAUACCCUCUGCUUGCAAAAAGCUCUUGCAUCCAUCACAUGCACUGUGCAGAAUCCCCUGAGUUCCUCGAGUUUGAAAUGAACUUUAAGUGAACAGUGACAAGGCUGGCAGUUGUUAAAUCAGCUGUGUCCAGAACAAACGCUGAGUGGUGUGUGCAUGGGGGACAGCCUGGCUCCAAUUGUCAUCUUGUUCGCAUGACUUCAGUUUGAAUGCCGUGUGACUACUUUUACAAGCUGCAAAACAACCCUCAAGAAGAACCGCUUCCAGAUGCCAAAAAUAGUCAAGGACAGGGAACGAAACUGACUGUUUUGCUCGCCUUGGUGACACUGGUGUCCACCUUCGGAUCGUCCUUCCAGUACGGUUACAAUGUCUCCGUGAUCAACUCUCCCGCUCCAUUCAUGCAAAACUUCUACAACCAAACCUACAUGGACAGGUAUGGCACCUACAUGGACAACAACUUCCAGACGCUGCUCUGGUCUCUCACCGUGUCCAUGUUCCCACUUGGAGGCUUCUUUGGGUCCCUGCUGGUUGGCCCUCUGGUGAACAAUUGUGGCAGAAAGGGCACUUUACUGAUAAAUAAUCUCUUCUCCAUUGUCCCCGCAAUCCUCAUGGGGACCUCGGAGGUGGCAAAGACCUUUGAGGGGAUUAUCCUUUCCCGAAUCAUCAUUGGAAUAAAUGCAGGUCUGUCCUCUAAUGUUGUUCCCAUGUACCUGGGAGAGAUGUCCCCCAAAAACCUGAGAGGUGCCAUUGGAGUGGUGCCCCAGCUCUUCAUCACCAUUGGGAUACUUGUAGCUCAGAUCCUUGGUCUCAAGAGCAUCCUAGGAAAUCGUGAAGGCUGGCCGGUGUUGCUGGGGCUGACUGGCAUCCCAGCAGCUGUGGAGCUCAUCCUAUUGCCCUUCUUCCCGGAGAGCCCCAGGUACCUCCUGAUACAGAAGGGAAAUGAAGAACAAGCCAGGAAAGCACUGCAAAGGUUGAGAGGCUGGGACAAUGUGGAUGAUGAGAUUGAGGAGAUGUGUCGAGAAGACCAGUCAGAGAAGCAGGAAGGGCGUCUAUCUGUGAUGAACCUCUGCACCUUCCAGGCCCUGCGGUGGCAGCUCAUCUCUAUCAUUGUCAUGAUGAUGGGCCAGCAGCUCUCUGGGAUCAACGGGGUCUUCUACUACGCAGACAGAAUAUUUGAGUCGUCUGGUGUGGAGAAGAACGCAGUGCAGUACGUCACUGUGGGGAUAGGCGCCGUCAACGUGGUCAUGACCUGCCUUGCGGUUUUCAUCAUUGAGCUGGUGGGGAGGAGGAUUCUGCUUCUUGUCGGCUUUGGGAUGUGCUGCGUCUCCUGCGCCGUGCUAACGAUGGCCCUGAACCUCCAGACCAGUGUUUCCUGGAUGCCAUAUAUCAGCAUAGCCAGUGUCAUCACCUAUAUCAUCGGACAUGCCAUUGGGGCAAGCCCCAUCCCUUUUGUACUGAUCACCGAGAUGUUCCUUCAGUCAUCCCGGCCUGCAGCAUUCAUGGUGGGUGGAUCUGUACACUGGCUCUGCAACUUCACUGUGGGGCUCGUGUUCCUCUAUAUGGAGCAAGCACUUGGGGCUUACAGUUUUCUCAUCUUCUGCGUCAUCUGCCUGGCCACCGUCAUUUACAUCUUCUUCAUUGUUCCUGAAACCAAGAACAAAACCUUCAUGGAGAUCAACCAGAUCAUGGCCAAAAGGAAUGGGGUGGAAGUAGCAUUGGGCAAAGAGGAGCUCAUGGAUAUCAACGCUAUCCCAGGGACUUGGAAUGAGAAGAAAGAGGUCACCGUGAACAGUAGCGUCUAACCCACCUCAGCAUUUGCGGACCCCGUGGUGACCAAGGGUUCUCUUCAGUGGGGGAGCAGGUAUCUUACCGGACUUGUGCUUUUCCAUUUAGACUGUCUCUGCACAUCUUCUGCAGCAAGAGUAUGUCCAAAGCAGGCAGCGAGCUGUCUCUUUAGCUAUCCCCUGCCAGCACUAGCAUGAAUGUUGCUGCUAGUGAAUGAUUUUUGAAAGGUUAAUCUCUUUCCUCUGUGUUGGCAGCUGACUCAGGGCUCCAGAGUCAAACCCUGCAAUGUGUCCAGCCCCUGGGUCCAGAGGCAGCACUUCCAAGAUGCUAUUUAGACACUGGCUAUCCAUCGUUCCUGUGCAAGAGGAAAAAAUAGCGUCCAUCUCAGAGGCAGGGAAACUGAGGCAGGGACGUGGCUGGUCCAAGUUUACAGAGCGAGUCAGCAGUGCAGCCAGAGUUAGCACGCCGAGACCCCUGACCCUCAGCCUGCACUCUGGCCCAUAAAAAAUGCUGCUUCUCGCAGUUUAAUAUACCUAGUGUGGUUGCCUGCACAUACCAAGUGCCACAUAUAACAGUGUGGGGACCAGCCAGAGACCAGAGCCAGAGACGCAGGGUUUAGUGAAAUCCUAGUGGCAGAUGGUCAUUUUGCCAUUUGUCAUGGAGCCAAAAACAAGGACUGUGGCCAGAAAAGGUAGCAAGACCUCAAAUUAUUAAGUGAAGUGGGAUAACUCCGCACACCCAAUCUGCUCUGUUCAGAGCAAGGCUUCAACGUGUGUGUGUGUGUGUGUGUGUGUGUGUCUGGGUGGCUCUAAUGGAAAUGGAGACCAAGAGGACUUGGUUUUUCAGGCAGGUCUUAAGGCUGAGCCUUCCUUCUAGCACCAGCACCUAUUUCCAUGUGCAAUUUAAAUAUUUUGGGCAUCUCUUUUUAUAAAAGAUGGUGCCCAGGUGCUUGAGCACCUUUCCUAUUGGUGCAAUCCAGUAUUAGCUCUGCCAAGGUGACCUGCAUUGAACCCACAAAAAUGAGAUCCUGAAAUCCUGGCCCAAGGGGACAUCCAAAGGACUGGGUGAGAAUGAAUCUGAAACCAUCCAGGCGAUGCAGGAAAGCAGGCAUGCCCGGGAGGGAGAAUGGUGGUCUGUGACCAUAUUGCUAAAGCCACAGUCGAUCUUUGAUAGACUUUUUGUCUUGGUGCCAUUCCAUAGGUCCUAACUCCCUUUCAUUCCUUCAAUUCAUUUGCAUUAUUCCUGAUUUACAUUGGUGUGAAUGAGAGAAGAAUCAGACUCAUGAAGUGCCAGUCCCCUGAAUCAGCAGCUUUCUACAAAACUUCCUCGGUCACGGUAGUCAGAAAACUAUUAAACCUCUGAAAUUGCCCAUGGAAAUCAGUCUCUUUCAGUAGAGGUUGGACAGAUCCUAAGAUUAGUCUUUCUACUUGUCUUCACACCAAAUCCACCAGACAGGAACAGCUGCAGCCGUGAAGUGUUUGACAUCUGUUUCCCUCUUGGUGGCACUGCGCAAUUGUGUUUUUGUAACAAGGAGGCAAAAUAAACCCCCUUUGCUUCUAACAACACAGCACUUCUGGGAAAUCCAGCGUGUUCUCCAAAAGCGUGACUGAUAAUUGUAAUGCUCCUUUAGUAUCUGGAGGAAAAGCCAUGACUUUAUGAAGGACCCAGAGGACAAUUCUCCAUCAUUGCUUGUUUGCAGUUGCUAUUUGCUUAAACAUAUAUAUGAAGCGCAUCUCAAUUUUGAUGUUAUGUGCAAACAAAUCCUUUAAGAUGGCGUGUGGGUACUGAUGGCUGCUUGCUGCAUCGUGUUUCUUGUCUCUUUUUACUGCCAGCAUAAUGUUGCUCUUAAGCUUGGAAAAUGGGAGAAAAACUGUUUCUAAUAUGCAGAGGGUGAGUUUGGACUCGUGUGCAUGGGGGUAAUUCUAGAACAAUGCCAGGGGGAUCUGCAGAAGGGAGAGGAGAAUGAUAGCGAUAUAUCAUAUCCCUAUGGUGUGUAAGGUUGCUUGUGAAAUAUGACAUCCCGGCUUUGAAGAAGAGAGAGGAGCUGAGGACCCAGUCAAGCUGAUUCUUUUUGUAUCAACAGAUCCAUUCUUGUAUGAACUUAGACCUGGUGGAAGAGGUCAGACUGGCAGCCCCAGAGACACAAUCCCCAACCAAAUAGAGCAGGAAGGACUUAAACUCAGGUUCUCCCCAUCCCAGGAAAGGAAACUCAUUGCUGGUUUGGGCAUUUGUCCCUGCUGAAGAUGUUGCUGCCCUUCACUAACUUUAAGGUA